UGGAGUGAAUUAUUUACCAUUUUUGUAUUCAUACCAUGCAGAGCAUUUCGAAUGAAUUAAAAAUGUCGGGAGUGUCACUUAGCAACAAUACUAACAAUCUAAGUGUUACCAUGAUAAAUACAGAAUUUUUUUUUAAAAUAUUCUUAUUAAGAGAAGCCAUUGGAAAGACAUUGCAAGUUCCAAAAAUUUGCUGAUUACAUCUCAAAGCAACGUAAUAUAACUUUACGAGCGCAACAAUCAUGCUGACAAGAAGUGGAAGAAAAAUUUUAGAUCGCAACAUCACAAGUUUAAUCCGACUAGAUUCAUCUACUCCAAACUUUCUGGAAGAACUAAUUAUUGACAUCCAUGAGUGUCCUCCAAUUGUCCCGCAGAUUAUUGUCAACCAUAGAUACUACAACGAAUUUGUUUAUGGAGUGAUAAAAGUUAUUGUCACCGAAACACAAAGAACACCAAGAGUGAGUGGCCAUGCUAUGUACUUGCUUGGAGCUUUACUUGACACGGAGAUGGGGCGCGAGAAAACGAUACCUAUUUUAACUCACGAAGUUAAGGUGGAAGACACACAGCAUUUGAUUGCUUGUUUUGCUGCUUUGAUUGAAUUGAAUGAAAUUGAAAUGCAAACUAACGCAUCAGGAACGCUUGCUCUGUUUUUUGACAGCGAGGAGUGUUUAAGAUGGGCAUGCGAACAAGAUGCAUGUGAUAUGCUCCUUUUAUUGCUGUCGGCCACCCUUAUGCAGACAGAUAUGUAUGUUGCCAGCAAUUGCGCCCUAGCUUUAGCAAGAUUCUGUAAAGUAGAAGUAGGACGAAAAAAACUGUUGGCGCACGAAGAAUGUGAAGCGAUUAUAGUUCAACUCAUUGCAGCUGUUGGAGUUGACAAUGAAGGUCGCGGCAUGAACGCUGCGUUUGCCAUCGCAUACCUAAUGGAGGACGAAGACGGAAGGAAUAAAAUAAUUGACAUGAAAGAAUGUCUAGAUUUAACACUUGGUCUGAUUAAUAUGCUGCGAUGCGUUGACGAACAUUGUCGCAAAAACGCUGCAUUUUGUUUAAAAAAGAUGUCAGAAACAGAAGAAGGACAAGAUCGUAUAAAUGGAGAUCCUGAUGUUGAUCUACUGUUAAAAUUGUUAUGUAAUUUGUUAACAUGCGGAGACGAAGAUUUAGGAAAAAUGGCUGCCGUCACUUUGAAGAAUCUCACCACAAAAAUCGAUGGAUAUGUUCUACAAAAAGAUUACGCUCCGACCAGAAGAACAUUAGAGCAUGUGUUAAAACAAAUGCAUAUCACCAACAACUAUCGUAAGGAUGCAGUGGACGCAUUAAAUGCCUUAAUGCUACAAAAACCAAAUCCUCCUCAAUUGAAAGUUGAGGACGCAUAUUCCAUCACAGCGACGUGGGAAGAAGUUGAAUCUAAGUUAGGUGUUGAAGUGCUGUAUCAGCUAUUUUGCAACGACAAAUGUAUAUACAAUGGAAAUGAGUUAAGCUUCACCGCAGGUGAUUUAAAAGAUGGAACUGAAUAUGAUUUUAAGAUUCGUGCAUACAACAGCGACGGUGAAGAAAGUUUUAUCAGUCUGAAAAGUACAGCCAGAACUUUGACAGCCGUUUCCAGUCCUCCGGCCAAUCUAAGAGCAAUACAAGUUACAGCCUCUGAAAUAAAGGUCGUUUGGGACCGACCGAACAAAAUCAGUGGACAUUUAAAAGGCUACUACGUAGAAGACCAAGGAAGUAAUACCCAUUAUGAGACAGGCUAUAUGCACCACGUCGCUCGCAAUCUUGAUGCGGACACAGACUAUGAAUUUAAGGUUUGUGCAAUAACGCACCGAGGUCGGGGAGAACCUGCAACGUUAAAAGUACGAACACUUCGAGAUGAUUACUUUGCUCCUUCCAAACCAAAAAUCAUUCCAGUUGGCCACAAUGAAAUUUGCAUUGCUUGGAAACCGCCUGUUGCGCCUCCAGGUCGAAUAAACGGCUUUGAAGUAUUAUGCAAUUCCAAGUCCAUUUACUUUGGCAUGCAUACGAGAUGCUUCACUUCUAAGCUGGUGCCGAAUGUGAAAUACAAGUUUGUUAUUGUUGUAUGGACGAGCCGUGGUCGAAGUGAGAGCCAACCGACGUAUCAACAGCACAACCAUCAAACUCGUGAAAACAGAUGGUCGAGCCGCGACGAAUUUUUGGAUUGGUUAGAUUCUAAUGAAGACAAUUUUGAUGCGAUUGAUAAUCUUGAUGAAAUGGAACAAAUUGAAGAUGACGUGGAAUUGCCGAAAACACCGCGCUCUACUCGGUCAAGAGCAAAUAGUAUGGAACGACAAAUGAAAGAAGGACCGAACGGUGACGAACCUGAAGAACCAGUUGAGGAAAAGGAAACAAAUAAGAAAUAAACUUUGCACAAAAAAGUGAUUUUUUUUUUAUUUAAUAAAUUCUACUUUCAUUGGGAUCACCUGACAUUACUUCCCUGCUGCUUUUUUACACAGAAAUUUGUCAUUUUUAAAGUGUUACAAAAUACAAUCUUUAUUUUCUGAACGGUCACAAUGAAAACGAGAUCUUUGCAAACAGAAAGCUAGACUUCACCUUUACGUAAAUUUAGCAAAACAAGCAAGAACACUGAGAAAUACUUAAUGUUAAAAUAUUGUACUAAUCUUUUUAAGAUGUAUUUUAAGAAAUCGGUGUAGUUUAUAAAUACAUUUUAGAUGUGACUAUAUAUAAACUACUUUGCUUCGUAGGCUUGUGUUGCCGCUUUUUUUUAAUAUUGGGAUUUUUGCUGACUUUUCAUAUUCAUAUUUAGGCACCUGUAUGGAAACAAAUUAGAGCUUUAGAUAUUGGCUAUUACCCCAAACUACCUCUCUAGAAAAAUCUCUUAUAGUCGGAAAGAUAUAAUAACUUUCGUUAGAAUUAUUCUUAACAGUUGAAACUUACGAGACAAAUUUAUUGUGUCAAGGGAAAUAUUUCUGAAAAUUUUUGUCACCUGUUUAAUGCGAUUACCCGAUUUUUUCAGAUUUUAUCCGAAAAUCGAGAAAAAUCGGAUUUUCAGGCAAUUUUUGACCUAUAUGCAUGCGAACUAUGUAAAAACCAGAUAAUCUGUUAGCUAACUCUUAUUUAGCUGUCAGAAACUUACAGAAUGUAAAAAUUCGCUCUAGAA